AUGUUAUUAUCAUAUUUAUAUUCAACAUUAUUGUUAUGGAAUACUACAGUUACUCCUUUUGAAAGUAAAGAAAUUAAUUCAAAAAAGAUAAAUGAUCAUUUUAAUGAUAAAGAUGUUUUAAUAAAUAAACAAGGAAUAUUAAAUAAUGAUAUAAAUAAGGAUAAAAAAUUUAAAAUGCCAAAGACACCAAGUUUAUCAAGUUCAAAUAUGAAUGUAAUUAAGACACUUUUAGUUAAAACAAAUUAUGAUCCACUUCUUAGGCCACCUGGUGAUGAUCCAACAAAACCACGAAAUGGUCCUGUUAAGGUUAUCGUUAAUAUUCUCCUACGAUCUUUAUCACAUGUAAAUGAAGCAAAUAUGGAGUAUACUGUUCAAUUAACUUAUAGGCAAAUGUAUACAGAUUCUAGAUUAGCAUAUGCAUCAAUAGAUCCAAAUAAUGAAUUACCAGAUUUUUUUAUAAUUACAAAUGAACAUAUCUUAUGGAAACCUGACUCAUUUUUUCAGAAUGAGAAAAAUGGACAUAGGCAUGAUAUUGAUAAACCAAAUGUAUUUAUGAGAGUUCAUAGAAAUGGAACAAUUCUUUAUAGUGUACGACUUUCAAUGAUUCUUUCCUGUCCAAUGCAUCUUCAGUAUUAUCCAAUGGAUGUACAAACAUGUGCCAUAGAUAUAGCUUCAUAUGCAUAUACGGUAGAUGAUAUAAUAUAUUACUGGAAAGAUGACAGUGCAAUUCAAUUUAAAGAUGGUUUAACAAGAUCAUUACCACAAUUUAGAAUAUCAAAUUAUAGUACUGGUUAUUGUACUUCUAAAACAAAUACAGGAGAAUAUUCAUGUUUAAGAUUUAGUUUUCAAAUGGAUAGAGAAUUUGGAUUUUAUCUUCUUCAUCUUUAUUUACCAUCAACUAUGAUGGUUAUAAUAUCUUUUAUAAGUUUUUGGUUAGAUCCAACAUCUGUUCCAGGACGUGUAACAUUAGGAAUUACAACAUUACUAACAAUUACAACUAAAUCAACUGGUAUUAAUUCAAAACUUCCUCCUGUUUCAUAUAUAAAAGCAAUUGAUGUAUGGAUUGGAAUAUGUACAACAUUUAUUUUUGCUGUUUUAAUUGAAUUUGCCUUUGUUACUUUUCUUUAUAAUAGAAAAAUAAAUCGUGAAUCGUGUCCUGAAGUUUAUGAUGAUUCAGGAUUACUUGAAGUAGAAAAAAAAAAUUCAGUAAUUAAAAGAACAAUAAAUAAGGAUAAAACAAAAAAUCAUCCUAAUGAUAUAUCAAUUCCAAUGAUUGAUAGUGGAUAUGAUGAAAAUUCACAAAUGUCACCAAUAGGAAAUAAUUUAAUGAAAUUUCAAGAUAAUGGAUUAGGUUCAUUAAAAUGGGUAAAAAAUAUACCACCAAUUCAGUAUCUUACAAUGAAAUUUGGUGGGCCAAAAGCAAAAAGACUAGAUAGAUAUUGUAGAAUCAUAUUUCCAACUUUAUUUUUAAUAUUUAAUAUAUGUUAUUGGUUUACAUUUGGAAGGCAACCACUUAGAUGUCGAUUUUCUCAUUAUAAAUUUUUUCUUAUUACAAUAAGUUUAUCUCUGAUAGAAAAUUUAAAUAACAUUUGA